AUGACUCUAGCACCCAAGGAGCUGUCCAACCUUCUGAGCAUCAUCUCGGAGGAGGCUUGCACCAACACCUUCGAGACGCUCUCCACGCACUUCCACCACUACUUCGGCAAGGCGGAGCACUUCCGUGUCGGCUCGGCGCUGGUCAUGCUCCUGCAGCAGCCUGACCUGCUGCCCAGCUCCCCGCAGCGGCUGACCGCUCUCUACCUACUGUGGGAGAUGUACCGCACCGAGCCGCUGGCCGCCAACCCCUUCGCUGCUGUGUUCGCGCACCUGCUCAACCCCGCGCCCCCCGAGCACGAGAAGGUGCUCUCAGGCUUCCUGCCACCCAUCACCCAGCCCGAGAAGUUCUUCCUGUCCCAGCUGAUGUUGGCACCGCCCAGAGACCUCUUCAAGAAGACGCCUCGCCAAGUGUCCUGCAUGGACGUCAGCAGCAUGCCGCAGUCCAUCGACAUCAGCGGGCUGCAGCUUGCCCUAGCAGAGCGUCAAUCCGAGUUGCCAACCCAGAGCAAGGCCAGCUUCCCCAGCAUCCUCAACGACCCCGAUCCGGACUCGUCCAACUCCGGCUUUGACAGCUCGGUGGCUAAUCAGAUCAUCGAGUCGCUGGUGACGGGGCCCCGCCCACCCUUGGAGAGUCACUUUCGCCCCGAGUUCAUCCGCCCGCCGCCGCCUCUCCACACGUGCGAGGACGAGCUGGCAUGGCUCAACCCCACCGAGCCGGACCACGGCGUCCAGUGGGACCGCUCCAUGUGCGUGAAGAACAGCACGGGCGUGGAGAUCAAACGCAUUAUGUCCAAGGCCUUCAAGAGUCCGCUGUCGGCACAGCAGCAGUCACAGCUGCUGGCCGAGCUGGAGAAGGACCCCAAGCUGGUGUAUCACAUCGGGCUGUCCCCUGCCAAGCUGCCUGACCUGGUGGAGAACAACCCUCUGGUGGCCAUCGAGAUGCUGCUCAAGCUGAUGCAGAGCAGCCAGAUCACCGAGUACUUCUCUGUGCUCGUCAACAUGGACAUGUCUCUGCACUCCAUGGAGGUUGUCAACCGGUUGACCACGGCGGUGGACUUGCCUCCAGAGUUCAUCCACCUGUACAUCUCCAACUGCAUCUCCACCUGUGAGCAGAUCAAAGACAAAUACAUGCAGAACCGCCUGGUGCGCCUGGUGUGUGUCUUCCUGCAGUCGCUGAUCCGGAACAAGAUCAUCAACGUGCAGGACCUCUUCAUCGAGGUGCAGGCCUUCUGCAUCGAGUUCAGUCGCAUACGCGAGGCAGCCGGACUCUUCCGCCUGCUCAAGAGCCUCGACACCGGCGAGAACCCCGCCGACGCCAAGCCUGCCAAAUAAUGAGCGGUUCCGCCCAUGAGGACGCACCUGAAAGGGCGUGGCUUAGAACACUGGCGAAGACAACCAUUGUAAAUAUUUUUAGAUUCCUCCUGAUGGUGAACUUUGAGCAUGACUCAGCAUCUUUUUCUUCUGCUCCUCUGGACUUUACCAGUGCUAAUAAACUUUUUUUUGUGUUUGUAA